CACCACAACCAAGGGUUCGAAUGCACGGAAAGGCAACGAGUUUCUUCGGCCUGUGAACUGGAUACUGUCUAGUAUUCACGGAUCGAUGCUCGUGGUGUGCAGUCCUUUUGAGGUGAAUGAAUUGCUCCCGGAAAUUCGCCGCAGCGGCAACGUCAGGUUGCACGUGUACUCUCCAAGAACGAGUCAGCCGAUGAGAUCCUUCGAUGAUCUCAAAUUUUACACAAUCCCAUCCCUACCAACGACGUGGACUUACCCGGAGAGGCUCACAGUCUCGCAGCUCAGUAUAUUCUCAGGCCAGUUAUACAUCAACGACUUCGAAACGUAUCUCGAACUUUGCAAUUUUCUGGGAAUUAACACUAGUCAUGAUGGGAGGAACGAAGUAGAAACGCAAAGUGACGGUUUUAUCCUACCCAAGAGGCGUACUGUGGAAAUGAGCUGCCCUUUUGAUAUUAGUCCUCUGCCUUUCAUCCGCAAACUAACGAGUCUCCGGAGGAAGGGAACGUCCUAUGCCUCUACUCAUCUUGGGCGAAUUGUUAAUGGGGCAUUCAUACAGCCAGAGGAGUUUUGACGGAAUAUGCCCCAUCACUGAUCAUGUAUCUAAUUGUCCAGCUUGCAAAUUCGCAGCUAGGCGUAUAUACCAUUGAAUGAGCUUAGAGCCUUCCGGCCAGCGGAAC